CGGCAGCCAAGGUGGUGGUGUCACGCAGCUCGUCGGUGUCAACCACGUGGGCGUUCCUUCCUACUUCCUGCUUCUUUACGCAGGUUUUAUAAGCGCCUCGAAAAACAUUUAACCCAUGCCAGUUCCAUGGAGCGUUGUCCUCUCACAAACUCUGAAUCCAGCUGACUGUCCCCAAAACUGCAGCCAGAGAGCAGGCCAGGCAGAACCCAAAACCCAAGACAGUUCAAUUAAUCAUCUGUGUGCUGGCAAGUCCCGUCACGCCUGAAGGGAAACUUAGCAGGCAGAAGUUUCGGCAGCAGCGUCUCCGGCCAGCUACCUCCUGUCACCAGCUAGCUCUCUGCUCCCGGAGUCAGCACAGGCGAGCUCGAGGAACAGCUUGAGCCGCGAUGGCGAGGGGCGGGAGAGGCCGACUGUGGCUGCUGGUGGGAGGCGUCCUACUCGCGUGGCAGUCCUCCUUCCCGGCGCAGGCAAGAGUCGAGACCAUUCCUCUGGCCGCCAUCUUCGACAAGGGCUCCAAGCACAUCCAAGGGGCGUUCUUCCAAGCCAUGGAACAGUAUAACCAGAACGCCUCCGAAAGAAGCUUCGAACUCCACGCCUACAUGGACACCAUCAGCACCGCCGACGUCUUCAAGAUCUCGCGAUUGGUGUGCCGUCAGUUCUCACGGAGGGUAUACGCCAUUGUGGGGGCGGUUCAGCCUGACAGCUUCGACACCCUUCACUCGUACGCCAACACUUUCCAGAUGCCCUUUGUGACUCCCUGGUUCCCGGAGAACGUGCCGAACCCUUCCUCCGGCCUGAUGGACUACGCCACCAGCAUGAGGCCGGACUACCACCGGGCUAUCAUCGACCUCAUCAUCCACUACCGCUGGGACCACAUCAUUUACCUGUACGACUCCCAUGAUGGCCUUAAGCUUUUAACGCCCGCGUAUCGUCAGAUUACCAAUGAAGCUGCCCAAGGAGCGUUUAUUAAAGCAUCGGGCACAACGUUACACGGUUCAGGCCACGAAGCGUCCUCCUUUGGACCUUCCAUAAGCUCUGUGAAUGUCGUUGGAUUCAGCCAUUACCCCGAUUGUUUACGCCGGAACGCCUCCAAAAAUGGUCACAAUACUUCGGCAACGAUGGCACUGCCUUCGCACCGCCGUCGUCGCUGGCUUCAGGUUCGUGGUCCAUUUGGAGAGCAGUGUUACGGGGGCUUUACAGAUCAGUAUGGAGGAAAGGCUAAUGAAGGCGAAGCGAAGAAAUUUAUAUAUGUGGUGUAG